AGCUCGGCCCUGCCCUCCUUUUCCCGACGUCAGGGCUAGUGGCCGAAAGUCGAGCGAGGGGCGGUGCUGAGUUUCCGGGAGGGAGGGUGGCCGUUGGGGGCCUUGAGGCAGGGACGGCGGCGGCUCCGCGCACGGGGGUUAAGAUGGAAGCGGCGCCGGGUCCCGGGCCGGGACUCUGUUGCAAGCCUGGAGGGCGACUGGACAUGAGCCACGGCUUCGUGCACCACAUCCGACGGAACCAGCUCGCCCGGGACGACUACGACAAGAAGGUGAAGCAGGCGGCCAAGGAGAAGGCGAGGAGGCGGCACACGCCCGCGCCCACUCGGCCCCGAAGGCCCGACCUGCAGGUGUACCUGCCGCGACACCGAGAUGGCUCUACCCACCCAAGCAACCCAGACUGUGAGGAGUCCGGUGAAAGCAGCAGUAGUGGCAGCUCUGAGCCAGAGCCUCCUGGCCAUCAGCUUUUCUGCUUAGAGUAUGAGGCGGACAGCGGAGACAUCACCUCAGUUAUCGUGUAUCAGGAUGAUGAUCCAGGAAGGGUGAGCGAGGAGGUGUCAGCCCACACGCCUCUGGAGCCACUCAUGCGAGAGGCCCUCAAGUUGCGCAUCCAGGAGGAGAUUGCAAAGCGCCAGAGCCGACACUGAACAGACUGGAGUCACUGCCCAGGGAGCCAUCCCUAGUUCGGGGGUGCCGGGACCAGUCUGAGCUGAUCUCAAGACACCCCUGUACCCCCACCAAAGCUGCCACAUCCACGGGAAAAGGGUGUCACAGGGACUGGGCCUGGCCAUCUCCCUUGUAGCUGUUUUUUCUUAUAUGUUGGCCCAUUUGACCAGCCUAAUAUUCUGAAAAUUUUUGAGAAUUUUGUUUGGUUAGCUUGGUUUUGUGGAAGCAAAGACUCUGGGGAGAGUUGAGGUUUAUGAAACCCUGUGCCAAAGUGCUGCUUUCUCACCAAGGUCAUGUUCCCCAGGGCACCUGGCCGCUGCUGCUCCACCUAGCUCCUUGAGCCCUGUUUGCUAUUUUAUGGUUCCUUACUUCCGUGCCUUCUGCUCACUUCCAUGUCUGUGUUUUCUAGAUCUUCUUUUCUGGCGUUUCUUUGUUCUUUUCUUUCAUUCAUCUUUUUGUCUCCCAAUGCAUCAGUCACAAUCCCCCCCACCUCCCACCUUUAGCUGCUAAGGAUUUUGGAUGUGGGGGUUCUGGCCUCUGCCUUUCUGGCAAGCUCUACCAGUACUUCUGAUACCAGUCAAGGGAGACUUUCUUUGAUGCCUACUUGCAAGCAUGUCUCCCUCCCCUUACGUGGCUUUUGCAGGUUUCUCCCAUGCUCCAUCACUUCGCCCAGUCUCAAAAGAUGAUGCCAGAACUCAACUGUGAGGUUUUCUUGCCGCAAAACCUGCCUGGGUUGGGACUACAUAAUUCCAGCUUCCCACCUGAUCCCUAGCUGUGAACAAGCCAUCUGUGCUCAGGCUAAAGGAGAACUCUCAAAACAAGCCAGAAACUGUGUUUCCAAAUGUGAUUUAGCAGUCUUGAAUGUACAGACAAAGGCAAAUUCAACGUGAACAAUUAUUGCCUGUUUGGAGCCCUAGGGUGCAGACGGUAAAGAAUCCGCCUGCAAUGCAGGAGACCCAGAUUCAAUUCCCUGGGUCAGGAAGAUCCCCUGGAGAAGGGAAUGGCAACCCACUCUAGUAUUCUUGCCGGGAGAAUUCCAAGGACAGAGGAGCCUGGCGGGUUACAGUCCAUGGGGUCGUAAAAGAGUCAGACACGACUUAGCAACUAAGAGUUUCUCUUUCACUUGGAGCCCUAGUUGGGAAAAGGAGGGGAGCCUGAAAAGUCUCCUGGAGGGAGCUAAGCAAGCCUCUUUCAUCUUCCCUUCCCCUGCUCUUUCUCCCGUCCUACCUCCCAAGAGUAUAUAAAACUCCUAAGAGACCCUAAUGCUAAAGAUCCCGGGAAUAUCACUGCUUUCACUGAAGUGAACAUUCUUCCUAAUGAGGGUUGGACUAAGGUCUGAGAAAUCCACCAGCUGUCCCAUACACGACGGUACCAAGCCUCUGUGGUUUUCCAGCAAAUGGGCCUAACCUCAGUGACUUGAAGUAUGGGAUUUAAGGGAGCCCAUGAGCACUGGGACUUCUUCACACCAACACUCCCCCUGCCCCAGAGGUUUCACCUCAGGGUCUCAAGAUCAGUCUGGCCGGUCCCUCUCAGCAACUUUGCUCAUAAAGGACAUCUAAGGGCACUUUUGCUUUGUGCCCUACAGCCCUGAAAAUCUACCAGCUCAGAAAUGGGGCAAGGCAGCUACUUCAACUACAUCAUUAAAAUGCAGCAAGUUACAGCUCUCUGGGAAGGUGAGUGAGGUGGAUAAAUUAGAAGGGCCUGGUUGUGAAGGCAGACAAGGACCAGCAGAUCCUGACUCCCAGAGCUGCCCAAAGUCAAAUGCCUUCAACUUGCCAGUGCUGGGCUCAGUUCUCUUCCGGUGGAGUAAGUCUGCCCUCAUUUGGCCAGGCUAGAAGUGCCUUUUGAUUCUUAAGGUUAACUACCCUCCAGAGCCGCCCAGAUCGAGGAGACUGCGCCAUACUCUGUCCCCUGUCUUCCUGCAGCUCAGAGCACCAGGCAUUUUAGUCUUGCAGCUCUUCAGCUGAUCUGCUGACUUGGACAUAGGAUUUCACCGAAACUCUUAGGCUUCCCAGGCUGGAAAUACUUUUUUGGGUUUGUCUUCUCAUAGCUGGAUGGCCUGUUUUCCUGGAUUUAUUAUAGAAAAUAGAAACAAGUCCAUGGGGGCAUGACCCCUGAGAGUUUAGCCUUCAGCCCUGUUUUGUGAGACUCAUGUACCAAUUCUGUCCUCCUGUGUGUUGAUCGCAUAAUCCUCACACUCUCAGGUAAGAGACUGAUGGGAACAUCUCAUGUGUAAACUUGUUGAGGCGCUUUGCUAAUCGAGUGCAUAUAAAAUAUCUUCCCAAGAAAGCAUUCUAAUUCUUAGCUAGUUUAUGCUGCACAACUAUAGGAAGCACUAAGCCUGGUACUUAAAUGAGAGGUUGUCCUUCAGGCCAGGCCUAGUGGUGUUGAUGCUGCCAUGGCUCCAGGUGUGUCCGGAAUGCUUCUCUACUAACAGCUCUCAGCCCAUUGACAGCCUUGGAGCUCCACUCAUUGCUUCUCACCCCUCACUGCAGUCCAAGAUGGUGUCCUACUCUCCAGUAUAUUUACUGGACUUGCCUCCUGAUGUCUUUUCAGCCAUUUUCAGUUGUUGGUGCCUUGCCCUCAAGGAGCAGUUUCCAGGGCAUCUCCCAGAGGCCCUAGAGCUGUCUAAAAGAGGACUGUCCCUGCUGUUUCGUGCAUUGGCUACAGCAUUAGACUAGCUUUCUGGCAGAUUGCUUCAGGAUCAGCAUUUAUUUGACUAGAUACAGUCUCAGCUGCCUGGAAAAAAAAAAAGUCUGGGAGCCUCAUAAGCAUAUUUCACGUUCAUCCAAAAUGAAGCAUUCUUCAUUUACUGAGGCUAAGCCUUGGAUGCUAAGGCAUUGUGUGUCCCGGGCCACAGUGGGUGAUGUUACUAAUAGAAGGAAGCUGGGUUUGCAGGGGUUUGGGGCUGUGCGAGAGUAAACACUUAACACUUGAGUUCCAGCCAGCUGGCAAGGAUGAAAGUCUUUGAAGAAUGUAGUACAAGAUGGGAAAAGGAGAACGUAAAGCUUUUUGUCCUGAAUGAGAGUAGGAAACCGGCCAGUAGGACCAGCGUGGGCGAUAAGAAAUGCUUCUCUCUCUGGACAAGCCUCUGAAAAGGGACAUUCCAUCUCCACUGGUCCACUCCCAGGGGCAUUGCCGUGCAGAGAUUAGCCCACAAAACUGGAAGAAACCCUUUGGAGUGGUGGGUAUCCAGCUUACUGUGCAUGUGGCACCGUCUGUUGGUGGUAAGGUCGGGCCCCCAACUGGUUCGCACAUGUAAAUGCAGCCUUUUGCAGACAGAAGAGUAAAGACCAGGUGGCUUUCCUACCUCUGAGCCUUCUUUGGGGAGGAGCAUCAAGGAAAUGUUGACAGUUAUCUGAAACAUUUUAAGUUCCCUCAUUGAAUUCCUAUCCUGCCCCCGAGGAAUCAUAUGACCAAGAAACCACAGGCACACACCCCAAAUUUCCCCAGGAGGUGGAGUGAUGCCAGAAGGGAAGAGAGGGAAUGGCUCCUCUGCCUUCCCAGGGCCACCAGAAUGAGGAACUGGUUGUAUAACGUAUCAGAAGCCAUACUUUCUUCUGUUUUCUCAUUUCCAAUGUUCCUGCUGUAUGGAUGAAUAAAAUGACAUGUUGCAAAUUUAUUUGAAAAUCCUGGAAGGAAGGUACAUUGCAAAUACAGCAUUCUUUUUAACCAAUAAACGUACUAUUUUUAUAAGCACUGUUUUUGCCAAGAAUUGUGAAAUCACUUGUGUACAUAGGGAAAAGAAGACUACGUGCUCUCCUAAAGUCAUUCAGCACAGAAUCAGCACUAAAAAUCUGAUCUCUUGUUCUGCCUGACUAUUUUAAGGACUGUCCUGGUUGGAGAACAACAAGUAGAUUCACAUGGCAUUGGAGCUGGAAGGGCCUUUUAAAGACAUCUGGUCCUACUUUCUAUUGAUACACAACUCAUCCCUAUCAACAUCCCUUGAAGAGCCCUUCUGUCUCAGGCUAAUUCUCUGUUCUAGGGACUACUUAGAUUGUUGUAUUAAGUCAAAAUCUGCCUCCUUGUCAAGGCUCUGGACUGCUUGCCUUACCCCCACUUUAGGAUAGAACAGACAGUUUAGAACCUGAGUAGUCCUCCUGGGCCUUCUCCACAAUCAUGGCUAAAAAGGAACACAAACCCAACUCAACAGGAGAUAGUAAGUGUUGAUUAAGAAUCACUAAGCUUCAAGGCUAUGGUUUUUCCAGUGGUCAUGUAUGGAUGUGAGAGUUGGACUGUGAAGAAAGCUGAGUGCCGAAAAAUUGAUGCUUUUGACCUGUGGUGUUGGAGAAGACUUGAGAGUCCCCAGGACUGCAAGGAGACCCAACCAGUCCAUCCUAAAGGAGAUCAGUCCUGGGUGUUCAUUGGAAGGACUGAUGCUGAAGCUGAAACUCCAAUACUUUGGCCACCUCAUGCAAAGAGUUGACCCAUUGGAAAAGACCCUGAUGCUGGGAGGGAUUGGGGACAGGAGGAGAAGGGGACGACAGAGGAUGAGAUGGCUGGAUGGCAUCACCGACUCAAUGGACAUGAGUUUGAGUAAGCUCUGGGAGUUGGUGAUGGACAGGGAGGCCUGGCGUGCUGCAGUCCAUGGGGUCGCACAGAGUUGGACACAACUGAGCGACUGAACUGAACUGAAGCUUCCAAAGAGGUAGGAAAUGCUAAGGGCUCACAGCACUAUUUGGCAGAUAAGAAAAAUUGCCUGCUCCCAGGGGAACACCCCUGGGCAAGAAGAUGGUGAUCUCGAUAAAUUAGACAGAGGCACUCCUUUGUCCUGGGGCACAAAGCCUGGCCAGCAGAAGGCGGACUGGUUUUAUACCUCCCUGGUUCUUCAGCCAGGUGUUCUUGUACAGGGUCGCUCUGUACUGCCAUAGUUCUUGACCCAGUUUUAACUACUUACCCUGAUGCAGUUUGGAAGAGGGUCCUCCAACAGGCUUCCUGGUUCCAUUUUUACCUUCCACUAGGUUCAGAAAGGUUUCUCCUUCCUCAAGCCACUGUCCAAUUAGUGUAUCUACUCCAUUCCCCCCACAGUCCAAGGCCAUUUCUGACUAUUACCUUUACCUCACCAGUCCUACUGAAUUUAAGCUCCCCGGUUCCUGGCAGCAUGGGCACAAUGCUCCUUUCAGUAAAGGUCUGUGGGCCCCGGUGUUGCCUCAUACGGACUCCAACAGACACUGGACUGCCAGUUUGAAUACUUUCCUGCCCUUUUAAUCAUAAAAACAAUGUCCAGGUGUGGAUGGAGUGUCACCUGCCGUAUCAGUAAACAAAGGAUGUGGCCAUCAAGGCAGUAGCCACUGUAGCCACCCCCAACUGCACCCUGAGGGGAUUCAAGGUGGAGAAAAGCAGGCUGUUGGCUCCAGAUAGUUGAGGUGCAUAUCAAAGGAAUGCUUUCAGUGAGCCCAGACUCUUGUAUCUUCCAGAAGAAAAACUCUAAACUCAUUAACACUAAACUCAUUACGGCUGGUUACUGGUCUUUAAUUAACAGUAAAGCUUUUGAUAUUUCAACUACCUGCUUUUUGUAAAAACUCCUUUAUAGCCUGACUGCUCCCUUGCCUCUUUGGAGCAGUCCCACAGAGCUAUCUGAGAGGCUGCCUCCUGGGUUGGAAUCCUUAGAAAGUUUGCCAAAUAAAACACAAUUCUCAAC